CAGAUAGGGGGCGAAUUUCAGUCCUGAGGAAGCGGGUUGGCUCUGCGGCCAGCCCUAAUCAAAGCCCUCCAGCCUCGCCUGCCCGUCGCCGCUCGCUCGGCUCCUCCUCUAGAGUCCAACCCGGCGCGUGUCUCAUUCACCGGCAGCAUCAGAGCCUCGGCAGCACGCGGAACCGCCGAGCUGCUUCGCCGAAGGCUGGGAAGGAGCUCCGCUGGAGCGGGCGAGUCUUUGAAGAGAUGCCCAGCUGAGCGCGGACACAGGAGAGGAGGAGGAGGAGGAGGAGAAAAGGUCUCCCCCGCCAUGUCCUUGCCUCCUAUCGCGCCGCCACCUUCGGCCGCCCCGCGACUGCAAUCGAGGAAGCAACAUCAGCCGUCGCCGCCAGUGGCGGCUCCUCGAAAGCCGAUGGCGGUGCUGGCGACGGCCCCUCUCGCUCCAGGCAAGCCUCCUCGGAAAGGGCGCGGCGUGGCUUCCGAGCGACCCGCCGGCUUCUCCAGUUCCUGGCCCAGCGGCUCCCUGCAGAAGCAGCUGCCGCGCGGAAAAGCGGCCCAAGGCGGCAGGAACGCCCCGCCGACCGAAGGAGGGGCGGCGGCGGCUGCCUUAAGCGCUGCCUUGUCUCGCAGCCGGGGUCGGUCGGGGCCGCCGGCCGCUGGCACGCGCUCCUGCGAGAGCCUCUGCGCGGCGCCGGGAGGCCGCGGGGAAGCUUCGCUCCGCUUCUCGCUCAGCCUUCCCCCGGAGGCGAUCCGGGUCUUGCAGCGGCGGAGCCUGGAGAAGCAGCGGCCUCGAGGGCGGGUGGCCCGCUUCGCUUCCCCCGACGCCUCCAGGUGUCCUCUGGCGGGAACCUCGUCGCCCGAGGGGGACUUGCGCGCCUUGCUGCAGGUGUCGCUGCUCAACGAGCGCCACCGCUACGACGACGUGGAGUACGAGGAAGACGAGGCGGCGGGCGACCCCGGAGCCUUCGCGGCCGACGAAGGGCUGGUGCGCAAAUGCACCGAAUGGCUCCGCGGUGUGGAAAGCGCCGCCGCCCGGGACCGAGCGGGCAAGAUGGACACCCUGCCUCACUUGAGCACCCUUUGAGCGGCCGGGUUUGUGGUUCCUCAGCCUUUUACAAACGGUGUGGUCCUUCGGCCAGGCGCUCUUCCGAAAAAAAAGCACCGUUUGCGAAUACAAAUGCUUACCGUUCUGUUUUCCGGUUGCUUUCUAGUUUAUUCCUGCGAGGAAAAAAAAAUCUCACUUUCUACUUAUGGGUCGUACUGUAGAGCACUGGGUUGGAUUUCGGCCUCUCGUCUUUCCUGGGGAGGUGGGUGUGGUUUUCUUUUUUGUGCCUUUUCUUCGGAAACACCCAGGCGGAAAGCCCUGCCGUUCUAAUAACCAGCGGUUGCUAAGGCAGCAAAGUGGCCUCACGUUGUACAACGGUAGCUUUAUGUAAAAUGCACUUUGGAGGGUUUGUUACUCCCCAGUCAACACCAUCUCUUUGCUUGAUAGCGCAUCAGAAAGGUGCUUAACCAUUGUCUCCCAAGAUGUGUGUCAAAUAUGUCUGCCAAAAGAGCAUCCUCGCUUCACCUCUGCUUCUGGAAAUCUGCUUCACUUCUUAAAUGGAUUAGUGUUAUCUAUCCACAUUGCAUAGUGUUAAGGAAAAAGACACAGGAAUGCAACUCAUUUGUGUGUUAUUCAUUGCUAAGGUAGUAUAAAUGUUUGAACGUGAAAGAUGAGAAUGGUGAAGUAAGUUUAAUGCCUCAAGUGUAUAUAGGUUUUACUAAAACCAGCCAAAUAUGAGUGUUCAAUUUUUAUCAUGUCUGUUCAAUUUGUUAUAACACAGUGAUUUAUUUUGUUAACCUUUGUAAAGAUUGAGGACUCUUGUGUAAUUUGAAUCUAUUCCAAACCAGGUUCACCUUACUGGAAAAGGGGAAAACACCUGAAUGCAUGCUGAGAAUCCAGAGGAGUUAAAGGAAGGCUGGGAAAAAAAACUUUUUCCGUGGUUUAUUUCAACUUUCUGGAUGUGCUCUGAGGAUGACUCUGAAGUUUAUGAAUUAACUUUCAUUCUCACAACAGAGACAAAAAGAAAUAUGCUGUCUCUAUUCAAAGUGUUCCGAACAAAAAUAUUUUAUUAGUACUUUGUAAAUAUAGAAUAGCACAGUGAUUUUGUAAACCUGCAACAUUUCUAUUUAUUUGAAUAAACAGCAAAAUUUUGUGAGA